UUUCUCUUCCUGUUGCACCCAGCAGCCGUCAUCAUGUCUAAAGGUACAGUGGUUCUGGCAUACAGCGGUGGACUGGACACAUCCUGCAUUCUCGUUUGGCUGAAGGAACAGGGCUACGAUGUCAUCACAUACUUGGCCAACAUCGGGCAAGAUGAAGACUUUGAAGCUGCUCAGAAAAAGGCAGAAAAACUCGGUGCAAAGAAGGUUUACAUCGAAGACCUUCGUAAAGAGUUUGUGGAGGACUUCAUCUGGCCCGCAGUUCAAGCUAAUGCCGUCUACGAGGACCGAUACCUGCUCGGCACUUCUGUAGCACGACCCUGCAUCGCUCGCCGUCAGGUGGCAAUCGCACGAAAGGAGGGUGCCAAUUUUGUCUCCCAUGGUGCCACGGGAAAGGGGAAUGACCAGGUCCGUUUUGAGCUCACAUGCUACGCCCUCUACCCUGAAGUGAAGAUCAUCGCACCAUGGAGGAUCCCCGAGUUCUACAACCGCUUCAAGGGGAGGAAGGACCUGAUGGAAUAUGCGGAGAAACAUGGCAUCCCUGUGCCCGUCACUCCAAAGGCACCCUGGAGCAUGGACGCAAACCUCAUGCAUGUAAGCUAUGAGUCUGGGAUCUUGGAGAAUCCUAAGAGUCAUGCUCCGACUGACAUGUACCUGAUGACCAAGAACCCUGAAGAUUCUCCCAACGUCGCCGAUGUUCUGGAGAUACAGUUCAAAAAUGGAGUGCCAGUUAUGGUGAACAAUGAGAAGGAAGGCCAAUCCAAGUCUUCUCCUCUGGAGAUCUUUUCUUAUCUCAAUGAGAUUGGUGGAAAGCAUGGUGUUGGUCGGAUUGACAUUGUAGAGAACCGUUUCAUUGGCAUGAAGUCCCGAGGAAUAUAUGAAACACCAGGAGGCACAAUUCUGUUGGCAGCCCAUUUGGACAUCGAGACCUUUACCAUGGACAAAGAAGUGCGUCGGAUCAAACAGGGACUGGGUGUCAAGUUCUCUGAGCAGGUCUACAACGGUUUCUGGUACAGUCCAGAGUGUGAGUUUGUUCGACACUGCAUUGCCAAGUCCCAGGAGAACGUGGAGGGCAAAGUUCAGCUGUCCGUCUUCAAGGGUAACUUCUACAUCCUGGGACGAGAGUCACCCAAGUCCCUCUAUAAUGAAGAGUUGGUCAGCAUGGACGUGCAGGGAGACUACGACCCGUCUGAUGCCUCUGGAUUCAUCAGGAUUAACGCUGUCAGAUUGAGGGAAUACCACCGUCUGCAGGGUAACUCCGACUCUAAGCAGUAACAGCUGCAGUCAUCGGAAACAUCUUUCUUCUCUCCACCAUUCCUGGGGCGGUAGUAGGUUUAGACUUUGUGCCUCUGUUGUCUACAUUUUGCCUUACGGGUUUUCUUACUUAUAUAAGCACAAGGCUAUUUAACACACUACUAGCCACAUGUUGCUAUUAGUGCUAAGAGUGGAGGAAGAAGUAAGAUGUGAAAAUAAGUGUCAUGACAGGAGAAUAGUUUAGGUGUAAAUGUGUUCAAUUAAUAUCUUGUGGAUGGGUAUAUUAGUAGGAGGUAUUUCUUAGUAUUUUAUUUCAUGACUUUUGUCUCUGUCAAAGCAUCAGUAGGCAAGUUCUUGAACACGGAUAUUAAAACUCAAAGUUUGUUAAAGAAAUAAAAUUGAGUGUGCGUUUUUCUUCCCUAGUUCUUUGUUGAAUUGAUUACAGUGCAUUGUGGGUAUUUAUGCAGCAAACACUGAGGCUCUGUCACUUUGAAUGUGUGAGUGAUUCAUAGGUUGUUUUUUUGGCAGACAGACUUCUUAUUAAUGCCUGCCUGUUUAACUCUCGGGGCCGUACAGUCACUGCCCAGUGAGAACAAAACGGAUCAUAUUUACAAUAUGCAGAUGAAGCAGAGCACGUGUAAGGCACAGGGGGGUAGUCAACGUGGUGGCUCGCUGAUAAUCGCUGGAGCAGAAAGGAUGGGGCCAUUUCUGAGCUCAAAUGGCACAGGUCAAAUGGAAGGAAAACCAAUUGGCCACAUACGUAUAUUUCCCCGCUCUGCAUGGGGUCUCCAGCUUCAGAGAACAGAAGGAAGGGGGUAGAAACAAUGACAAGACAAAGCAACAGUAAUGUCACAAUCAUAUCUUCAUAUACCUAACCUGUUUCCAUUCCUCGGUCUCACAUAUUGUCUUUGAAUUAAAAACAAUCAAUAUGAA